AUCCAUUCUCGCAGAGAUCUCAGUCCAUAGCCUUCGCCCCAGUUCAGCGUUGCAAAGCAAAGCCUAUUCGCUGCCAGCAACUUGAAAUAUGGAAACUUUAUCCUGCUUCAGUAAAGUCUGCCGGGUUCAUUGACCGUCUGUCCUUCAGUGUCCUAUCACAAGUCCAUGAUCAAUGGUUGACACUGCCAGCUAAUGCAAAGCAGGUACUGAUUUUCCGGUUAUCACGUAACUCCCCACUCGGCGCCGCUCUCACAGCGGCGAUUUUGAAUAUUUUUGGCGCCAUGUACCCGCGUGCUGCACAUCCACAUGAUACUCUAGCUGAACUUUUAUAAGCAGCCGCAGUUGAAUCAGUCGCGUCUUUGACCCACACAGUAUCAAUGGCCCCUUCUCGUUACGUUGGCAUACUCGCGCUUGUCGCGGGAUGCCUUCUGCCUUCUGGUGUCCAGGCUCUCUGGCCCAUCCCAAAUAAACUCGAGACAGGGACCACCGCCCUCACGGUCUCCCCUUUCUUCUACUUUGAUGUGCAGGUCGAAGGCGCGCCACUGGAUUUGUACGAGGCAGUUUCCCAAGCGCAAUUCUAUCUUGCGAAUGAUAAACUUGGACGUCUUGUCGUCGGCCGUGGCGCAAAUGAUACUACCGCUCUUGUUGGCGCGAACACGCUUUCGACGUUGACCCUGUCUCUCAUGAGCGGGGCUACUGCAGAACCUAUUGCUUCUGAAGCUGUGAAGCCAUUGGGCACUCGUAGCGAGGAGUACACAUUGACAAUCCCAGCAGACGGUUCGGCUGCUACUUUGGUGGCGAACUCGACGUUGGGUCUGUACAGAGGGCUCACAACCUUCAAUCAGCUUUUCUACUACUACAGUGGUGUAACCUACACUUUACUUGCCCCAAUUGCUAUUACGGACACUCCUGCAUAUCCUUUCCGAGGAUUCGCGUUGGACACCGCAAGGAACUUUUACCCCGUGAGUGACAUUCUGCGAACUUUGGAUGCAAUGAGCUGGGUCAAGAUCAACACCUUCCACUGGCAUAUCACAGACAGUCAGAGCUUCCCGCUUGAAGUUGCGCAGUAUCCCGAGCUUGCUAUCAACGGUGCAUACUCUCCGCAAGAAGUUUACACCCCUAGCGAUGUCCAGUAUAUCAUUCAGUAUGCUGGUGCAAGAGGUAUCGAUGUUCUGCUGGAAGUCGACACACCCGGCCACACUUCCAUAAUUGCGGCCACUUACCCCGACUACGUUGCAUGCUUUGAUGAAACUCCAUGGGCCACAUAUGCCAACGAGCCCCCCGCCGGCCAGCUUCGUUUCGCACUCCCCGAGGUUGUGAACUUCACUGCGUCAUUGCUUGCCGAUAUCGCAAGUACCGUGUCUUCGUCCUACUUCAGCACGGGGGGUGAUGAACUGAAUACGCCAUGUUACACCAACGACUAUCCUACACAGCUACAGCUCAAUAAGAUGGUCCUCGACUGGAACAUUACACUCUCCAAUGAGACUAUUGUAAUGGUCUGGAUUUCUUCUGAGGAUGCUUUAGCGGUAGCAGAAAAAGGCUUCAGGAUCGUCCAAGCACCAUCUAAUUACUUCUACUUGGAUUGUGGUGCCGGUGCAUGGCUGGGAGGUGACCCAACUGGAAAUAGCUGGUGCGACCCCUUCAAGACCUGGUCUGAGUCAUACACCUUCGAUCCCUUGGCAAACUUAACGGAGGCACAGUACGAACUCGUCCUCGGAGGCGAGCAAUGUUUGUGGAGUGAGCAGUCAAGUCCCGAUAAUCUCGACCCUAUCGUGUGGCCCCGUGCUGCAUCUUCAGCAGAGAUUUUCUGGAGCGCUCAACAGCCUACAGGCGCCCCGUUGAACGUCACAGAGGCACUACCUCGCUUGCAGGACCUCCGCUUUAGGAUGGUACAGCGCGGGCUCAGACCCAUCGCACUCCAGCCUUAUUGGUGUGCGAUCAGGCCUGACGCAUGCGACCUGACGGCUUGAUAGUUAGAACUUUCACGAACAAUCGAUAACGUUACAACGA